AUGGAUCUCGUUGAUGAUAUGUUGCCAUUUACUCCUUCGUGGUUCCCCCCAUCACCAGAACCAUUUCCUUCAAUAAUGGAGCUUCUACAAGAUCCUAUGACGGCAGAGAUUGAGAACUUUGAUGGAAUAUUCUCUAGUCCUGCAAUAAGCGAGGCGAUUCCCUCAACGAAUACACAACCGAGUGUAUUCCCAUGUCCAGAGUCAUCAACAAUACCUCAAAUUUCACCUGACAUGCAACAACAAGAACCACUGGAUGAUUCACAUGGAUAUUUACAACAAUCUGAUCAACAAGAUUUAUUAAAUCCAAACAUGCUGAAUUGUUAUCAAGAGCCAGACGUGUCUACAAUACAGCAACAACAACUCAAUUUACCUGGACCUUUAGAACAAUCUGAUCUACAACGUUUAUUAAAUCCAAAUAUGAUGUAUUCUGAGCCAGAUUUUUCUACAUCGCAACAACAACAAUUACUAUGCAAUUCAGCUGGAUAUUUGCAAGAAUCUGAUCACCAAGGUUUAUUAAAUCCAAACAUGCUGAAUUCUUUUUAUGAACCUGAUGUUUCUGCAAUGCUGCAGCAACCACCACCAUUAUACGAUUCACAUGGAUAUUUACAACAAUCAGAUCAACAAGAUUUAAUGAAUCAAAACAUGAUGAAUUCUUUUCAAGGGGCAAAUGUUUCUACAACGCAACAACAACAAUUGUUGUGCAACUCACAUGGGCAUGUACAAGGAAACUUAUCAAACAUACAAUCAGAUCAGCAAUACUUAUCGAAUCAAAAUGCGACGGAUUUAUUUCAAGAACCAAAUAAUUCUACAAUGAUAGAUAUUGGUCAACAGAUCGAGGAAGGAAACAAUGGAUAUGCACAUCAACCAUUGAUUGAUCCUUUUGAGUUACCAAAUCAUCAUCAGGAGCAGUUUCCGUCAGUACCUAUAUCACAAAAUUACCCGUCAUAUCCGGUAUACCAACAUGGUCCAGUUGGUUCACAUUUCAAUAUGUACGGCCAACAACCACCUCCGCUAGUUUUAACUAACAGAGAAGAAGAACAUCUCCCACCACGGAAUGUUACAGACUUGGCCAGUACUUACCAUCUCCAAAAUCAAAUUUCUACGAUUCCCCCUCAAUCUCAAAUGACGUCGAGCUCCACUAGGAUUUAUCCUCUACAAAAUCAAAUUUCUAUGAUUCCUCCUCAAUCUCAAGUGCCAUCGAGCUCUACUAGGACUUAUCCUAUAGCAAAUCAAAUUUCUAUGAUCCCUCAUCAACCUCAAACGCGGUCAAGGUCUACCAGGACUUAUCUUCGACAAAAUCGAACUUCUACGAACGCUCCUCAACCUCAAAUACCAUCGAGCUCUACCAGGAAUGGCAACGUGCAAGAGUUGGUAAGUCAGCCUCUGCCGAGCUUUAGGUGCCCUCAAGUAGACACUUCUACUCAAAUAAGUCAAUGCACAAACUCAUUCACUACUCCCAUACAGAGCAGUAAUCUGGGGCGUAGACAAAGAAGUUAUCAAAAUCACUUUGACCAUGGAGAAUCAUCAUCGGCUUCUCAACGAAAGAGGAUGAUCUUGCCCAAAAUGAAUGUUGAUUCAACUGUAGCCAAUCCUGUUGAGCCAAGGCUAGUAAAUGAAUUAUAUAGUCCAAGAUAUGAAAGCCUCGGUAUAGCUAUCGAUCCCUUCUUGAGAAAAUUCCAUUUUCAAAGAUGAGAAAACGGAGAAUCUCUUUCUCGAGUUCGCUUCUUAGACGUGCCAUAAGUUUCACCGCUUACGGUUUCAGUUGAUGUUUCGAUUCUCGAAUGUCUAUGGUUCUAUGUUUAUUUUUUAUUUUUAAUGGCAUAAGACCAUGUUUUAUGAGUUACUUGAUGUAAUACCUAAACUUUCAUUUUUUGAAAUGAUAUAUACAUUCUUAUUAAAAUAUAAUAAAAAAAUCUUGAUGUAUU